UUCAGAAACCAAUGGUAAAGCUUUACAUUCAAAAAGCCAAGGACAGACACAUUACCAAGGAACUGGCACUCCUAAGGGCUUCAAAUCCCACACCACCAAUGGUUUCGCAUCUUGAUGAAGUGGACGAUGCAGCAAUUGAAGAGGGAAUCAGGAGGGCAGUGGAGGCGAGGUUACAACCUGCUUCUUCUGUGACUUCCAGUGACCACACCACUGCAGGUGUGCAGCCUUCUUCUCUUUUUCCCUGCAAGGCUCCCUGUGACCAUACCAGCCCAAACGUGCAGCCUGCUUCUGCCAUUGACAACGAGGUUGCCUGUGACACAACGGUAGAGCGAAAUCCAGCCAGAACACCUUACCAGUCACGUACACUACGCAAAACACUUUCUGCUCUGAGGAAACCUGCAAGUGGGUGCAAGAACUGCCAGGUUUUGUUUUCUGAACUGAAGGUGGUGAAGCAGCUGCUGGAGUGCGAAAUCGAAAGGAAUCAUGCGCUCAAGCAGCUACAUUCCUCAACAAACCGUACAAAUGCAGUUAAAUAUAGCCAACAAAAACCUUUCUCACCGAGCAAAGCCCCGCAUUAUGUAAAACUGGUCGAGGAGUUUAAGGGCUAUACAGAAGGAGCAAACCCAGGCAGGAAAACACGUGAGAAUGCAAAGCAGCGAGCAACUCAUGUUAUCCAGUUUCUGGAAUUUAUGGCAGACUCAGCAACUCCAAACGUUGACCUUCUUUUCCUGGGAGACCAUGGUAGAGUUCGUGGGUAA